AUGAGUGUAGUAGUCGAUCGCUAUGAACGUCUAGCGACGGGUCAGCUGCGCGAUUUGCGUAAACUACAGCGAAUGGCCAUGAAUCGGAACACUGAUUCUGCAUCUAUAAGAGAUCAAAUGUCUUGGCAACGUAUGAGUGUAGUAGUCGAUCGCUAUGAACGUCUAGCGACUGGUCAGCUGCGCGAUUUGCGUAAACUACAACGGAUGGCCAUGAACCGAAAUACAGAUUCCGCAUCUAUUAGGGAUCAAAUUGACCGAAUAGGUCAAAAUUUACAGUCAAGUCUUACUCAACUACUGGGUGAACGUGAAAAUCUUGAUGCCGAAGGGAGGGACCAAUUUGAUACGCGCGUUGAAUCUAUACGGAAACAGAUUCAAGCUGCUAUACAAGCAACGACAUCAUUACCUCCUUUAGAGUCUAAAAAUCCCUUUGAAGAGCCGAGUGAAGAUGAGUCAAAUCCAUACGAAUUGGAAGGGAGAAGGUUCGAGUUUUGCCUCUACUUUUGUUUGCAUUCUGGUCUUGCACUCUGAAA